AUGUUGAUUGUUGAUAAAAUGAAUGGGUGAAUGGUUAGUAAAAGUAAAAUAAAGGAGGAAGUAAAGUUUAUGAUUCCUUUAAAAUAAUUACCACAUAAAUCUUAGCAAGAUCCUGCUGAAGAUAAAUAAAUUACCAUGAGUUUCAUAAUUAAAUCCUUAAAAUAAGUGAAAAUCUGACAUGUUAAAAUCUUUCCCAAAAGUUUUUCAAAAGAAAUGGUUACUCUGUUAAGUGAAAUCCAUUUCUGGACAACACAAGAAGAUAUCGUCCUUAAACCUACAGAUUAUGGUUCUUUCAAAUAUUAUACAAAAAGGGAUGGCACCGAAACUCUCAAUGGCCAAAGUAAAAAACAAUACUGUGAUCAGCGUGGGCUCCAUUGGUAUCUUCCCAAUAAACGUCCGCAUAGACUAAAGGACAAACUAAAAGAAUUAGAGGAUUAUCUGAUACAUAAUCGUGUUGUUUGUUUCAUUUUUGAAGAUAGCAAAAUUUUAUUAUUACUUUCAACUGGACUUUUAGUUACUUUGACAUUAAAUAAUAAAACGGGAGAUUUGACCAAUAUACUAUUUGACAAGCAAUUAGCUUCAAAACUUCAAGCAAACAUUAUUUGUGAUGGAACAAUUUUUGGGAAUCAAGUAAUAUGUAUUUGUAACGAUGGCCAUUUAUUGGGAUAUGGAGGGCCUUGGAAGGAGGGAUGGGUGUUAGAAGGUGGACCUAGAAGGAGACUAAACUAUUACGGUGAAUGGCUCGUGGUAUGGGGUAAAGCAGGAGCAGAACAUCCCCAGCCAUGGAGUCCUUUGGCAAAAGACCACCAAAGAGCAAAUUUACACUUAUAUUGGAUUGGCGCCAGAGAUCCUGAGUUAUUAUCUUAUAAAAAGACUGAUGGGGAACCCUUAGAAGUGAUUGUCAGUAAAUUUAGAAGUAGGACUUUAAUUCUGAUAGAACAGAAAGUAACUCAAAGAGGUGCUGUAUCUGUAGAAGUAAGCAAUUUUGAGUUAGUGGGAGUCAAUCUCAAACGAAUCUCAGUAACAUCUGUACCCCUCCAGACCCAAGUGAGCUGUUCUGCUCUAAGUAAAUGUGAGGACAGACUGUUAAUAUGUUGUAUAGAUGGUUCCCUAGCGUUAUUAGAUCGCAGUAGAGGCUGUACGAGAACUAUUAAAGCUAAUUUUAUUCCAACUUUGUUAGCUUGGCAUCCUGCUGGAGCUGCAGUUGCUAUUGCCAACGAUAAAGGACAGUUGCAAUAUUAUGAUACUGCUUUGUCUUGUAUAAAAAGUCAAUUUUUAAAUGAAGAUUGUUUACCAACAGCAGUUGUUAAUUUGUCCACUUGCUUUAACUUACAAUUUAGUAUAGCUUCCAUAAAUUGGGGCCCCAAGGAUCUGAUUGUUACUUUUGAACAGGGACCACUUGCUGUAGUUACACAUAUUAAUCAAUCUGUAACAUUCAAAUCUCUCAUUCAAAAUUAUUUAAAUUUGGGUAAGAUUGAUAAAGCAAUUAAGUUAUUGCUCUCUUGGGAAUUUCGAGAGGAAAGUUUUUUUGCUUUGCAGAAGAUUGUUGCUCACUUGAUGAGGCAACCGUUGAAUGAAGAAGUUUCCCAACACGUGCAGAUUGCUUUAGGAAGUUAUCAUAAUAGCCCAGUUCCUAUCAGGCCUCAAAUUCGACAUAAGUAUGGAAAUCAGGUAAUAUCUUUAACGAGGCGCUUCUUUCAUCAAUUGGUACGAUCAGAAAUGUUCGAAACGGCAUUUCUCUUGGCAGUUGAUGUUGGUCAUCAUGACUUAUUCAUGGAUCUUCAUUACAUCGCUGUAAAAGUUGGUGAAACUGAGAUGGCAGCCGCAGCUAGGGCACAAGCUUCAGCGCUGUUAAGUAGAUGUUCUAGCGAGGCUUCAAACUGUUCUCGUACAUCCUGUUCCCAAUGUUCGGAAAGCGAAAGCUCUUCUAGCGAAGAUCAAAGUUCUUUUGAAACGCAGAAAGAGCAUGAAGAAAUACUAACCAAGUCGCCGUAUGUACCACCUUUGCCGCUCAGCUCUGAUAAUUGCCUAGCAACGGAUUUUAAUCAGCCAGAUCCGACCACCUAUAAACCGAUGACUGAAAAACAAAACGUACCUACUUCAGCACAUUUGAGUGAAUGUUUUAGGUUUAAUUACACGCCAAAAGCAACUUUUGUUAAAUCGCCACAAGUGCCUAGUAAUUUUACGAAAGUUGGGUUAGGUUCUAGUAGUGGCAUGCUACCUCCUCCUCUACCAUUUACAGCAUCUCUAUCAAACGUCAGUAAUAUGCCUUAUAUGCAGAGUACUUCAUUCGUCGAAGGAUUUAAUAAUAGUCCUAUUGUCAGUAACGCAUUUUCUUUAAACGGGAGUGUUUUUAAUAAUUGCUCCGUGAGCAGUAACUCGUUCAUGUCAAAUAACAAGUUUUCAACAUCCAGUUCAGACUUCACUUCAGCAAAUAUAUCGUUAAAUAACACAAAAAAACCACUAUCGACUAAUAAAGUAGUAGCGCCUCCGUUACCCAAGUUGAUCCCAAACUCUAAUACAGAGGACCUUAUAUCUUUUCCCUCACAGUAUACAUCAAAUUCGCCAUUUUUUGGAAUGUCCAAUGCAAAUAGUAAGAAAAAUCAACCGAAAGUUAAGUUCUCUGAUACCGUAACAGCUUUCAUAGUACCUGAAAUAAAAAGACCACAAAGACCAGCUCCUCCUCCUUCUCAUGUUACAGAUCCUCAGAAGGAAUUGGCCGAUAGUCUACCAUUGUGUCAUCCGAACGAAGAUUAUUUAAAAGAUUUUACGCCUGUAAAGAAGGAGGACACCGAUGGAGAAGGUGACAGCGAGCAACCCAAAAUUAAGGUUAUACAUUUUGGGGUCGUAUGAUUUUAUAGGGGUUAUAACAAGUUAUUUUUCACUUGGCCUCGAUUUCGACAAAUCAAAGUUAUAUACCUCACAAACUUACAUUAUUACUCAGUGGGAGAGCAAAAGUGCUCUCUAUGAUCCAUGCUAAAUUAUCAUAACUUUUAUAGAAAAACUUAACACGGUAGAAGAGCUUCCGAACGUUGGCGAUCAUUCUGGCUGUAAUGACUUUGUUGGUUGCUAUACGAAGUAGCCGUGUUGAGGUCUUUCUAUACCAUGCUCUCAGGUUAGUAAGCCAGGAUAUUCUUCUUCGUCGUGGGGCCCUUUUUCCUUCACUUUUACCGUGCAAAAUCCAUUGAAGUAGCUCGUAUCUGCUUUGAUUUCUCAUUAUAUGUCCCAAGUACUGCUGCUUAUGGCCCAUCACGAUGUUGAUCAAAUCCGGAGUUGUGUUCAUCCUCCGCAGUACUUCUUCAUUUGUGACUUUGUCUAUCCAUGGUAUCUUCAAGAUCCUUCUGUAUGACCAUAGCUCAAAAGCCUGAAGUUUUGAUAGAGUUUCCGCCUUCAAUGUCCAGCUAGCCACUAAUUAACUAUAAAACAGCUAAAAAAUAAAAAAUUAUAGAAAUUGUGUUUCAAAUUGUUCCCUAGUGUUACAAUUACUUAUUGAAACUUUUUCGGAGUAUAGAUGAUUGUAUAUAGUAUACGUGUGAUAAUAACAUAUUUAUCUUUACUCUCAUUAUGAUUAAUGCAGAUUAAAAAUAACAUGAAUUUCACAUUACAUUGUUGUGUUUUUUGUGUAUUAUUUAUGCCAACUAAUUGUUCUCAAGGAUUGUUGUAUUGGUCGUUAUCUUGAGUCGUACGUCUAGCGCACCAAGCAACAACUGCACUAUUUUUAUAUAUCCGUCCAAUUUAUUAGCAUUUAACGUUGGAAUUUUAUUUAUUUUUAUAAUACUCAUUUUAUAAUAAAGUUUUCAUAUAUAA